AUGGUUUUCACUAUUUUGGAAGGGUUUUGUACCUUAUUAUCAAUUCAAGCAGUUGGAAAGACAAUUAACUGGUUGACCAUUAACAGAUCAGAUAGUUGGUUGAUAGUGUCUUUGAUAGGCAGCGGCACGGUGACCACUGGAGCUAUAUAUUUUCUCUACCGAGUUUAUCUAUCACCAUUUGCAAUAGAUAUGGCCAGUCUGUCUCUUUUAGGUUCGGUUCUCACUAUGACCGGAGGGAUUGGGUUAUAUGGAAUUGUUUCAGGUAAGGGAUCCAUAGCUGAAUCAUCAUUGCUUUUUGCUUAUAUUGUCAGAUGUGUCUAUGAGACAUUUCCAGCAUUGUCAGAUAGAGCUGUUGAAUUACUCUCCAGCAUGUUUCAACAAGCAUCUACCAAUUUGAAACAAGAUAUCCCUAACUUUCCUCCGUUGCCAUCGAAAGUUUCCACUGUGAUUCAACAAGUAAUUACAUUCUUAGCUGCAAAUCUACCUCAUUCGUUCAAAACUAUUGGAGAAUUUUUAAUUGAAGCUACUCAAAAUAUAACAGUUCUGCCAUCAAUUAGUUUGAUCUACAGGAUCGGAGUAUUUUACGCUGCCACCAAAAUUAUUCCUUCUUUAUAUCAUGAGUCAUCUUUGUUGUAUUCAACUACUUCGUCACCAACUUCCACUCCUCCAUCACCGUUAUCUACACCAACCCAUAUUCGGUCACGCCAAGUGUCUAGAACGAUACUAAAUCGUGAUGGGGGGAGUACAAGAUCAUCAUCUAUGCAUUUAACUUCCAGCAACCAAAGAACUCAAGCAUCAUCAUCAACUAACGAUUCAGAAAGUAUUUUCCUCGAUGAGCUCAAUCGUUCCAAGAAUGAAGAUGACGUUUUAUUCAUUACGCCGAUACCAUCUGGUGUAAGAAGCUUGUCACCAAUAAACACAAGACCAACUAGCUACGCAAGAGUAUCUCCUAGAAAACGACCUUCUUCCUUGCUUAAGUUUGUGUAUGCAUACAGUCCGUGUAUAAUUAUAGCUGUUUACACUCAUUUAAUGAUGCAAUAUAGUGGUGAGUUGGGGAAAGAAUUGAAAAUUUGGACUCCUUGGAAAUCUGCUAAUGAAUUCACUAUUAUAACUCAUCCUUGGCAGUUUUGGAAUUGGGUUAAUAUGGUAACCACGUUGGUUUUAUAUACUAUGGAAUUGAUCGGGAAUCAUAGAUAG